AUUUCUCUUGCUGAAAUAAGAAUAAAUCCCGUAGCUCCUUCUUCACAAAAUCACAAAAUCUUCAAUUGGCCAUAUCGUUUUCGUUUCUUAACGGAAUUGAGUGAUUCUCGCGGCCACAGAAUGAGGAAAGGAUCCUCUACUGGAUUGUGGCAUCAAUUUAAGGUUGUUGUGAGCUUGUUUAUUGGAUUUUGAUGAUGGAUUUUGGAGCCUAGAUCUUCGGCAUAAGAUAAUCAACCAAGACGUGUCGACAAACUUUACGAUUGAAGACAUCGACUAAGUGGAAUGCGGUGGACGUAUAAAUAUUGAAUGAAUGGAAUAGCAAGUUUGUUUGUUUUCAGAUACAUAAACUCUGGACUUGGCUAGAAGUCCAUUUUUUGAUCAGAAGUCAAUGUUGAAGUAUACAGUUUGAAUUUCCGUAGUUAUUGCAGUAGUGUUUUGCCUGACCAGAGUUGUGGUGUAGUAUUUUAUUUUCAUAUGAUGUCUUUGUAGUUAUAUAUAUUUUGUACACGGAAGGUAAAUACCCGUGAUGAUAUGGUUUUGAACACUAUUAUGUGUCGGGCAAGUACGUACAAGAUAUGGAAUCAGGAAGCCCAAGUAUUUUGUAUCAGUAAGUUGCUAGUGUAUAAAUAUGUGUGUGUAAAUGCUUCCGCUUAUAAGGUCAAUGUAUGAUUGAUGUUUUACGAAAAAUGUUUUAGUGAAUUUUAGGCUUGCUACGGGUUUUGGAACAACCAUUCCCAUUCCCUAGCGCCGGUCUCGGCUCGUGAUUUCGGGUCGUGACACAAAAAGUUGUUGGAUGAUAAAUACAAUACUGAAAGGGGUUUCAUGAAAGCAAUGGUUAAGAAAAUGAAGGAUAAAUUUGACAAAUAUUUGGGUGAUUGCAAUUUGCUAAUUUCUAUGGGUGCUGUAAUGGAUCCUAGAAAUAAGACGAAAAUAAUUGAUUAUUGCUUUCCUCUAGUUUAUUCUCGAGAAGACUGUGUGAAACAUGUUUCUACUAUUAAAGAGUGUUUGAAUAAACUUUAUACUGAGUAUCUUGAGGAUUAUAGGACAAAUAGUAUUGAAGUGGUGGAAACUAGGAAAGAUUAUGGUGGUAGUAGUUUCAAAGGCAAAACUAGAGGGAGAAUUGACUUUUAUAAUUACAUAAGAAGUGUUGAGACAGUGAAUGAGCAAAUCAAGUCUGAAUUGGAUAUUUAUUUUGAAGAAGGUUGUCAUAUUUAUGAAGAUGAAUCAAAUUUUGAUGUGUUGGGAUGGUGGAGGAUGAAUAGUUUAAAAUAUAAAGUGUUGUCAAAGAUGGCAUGUGACUUGUCGUCUAUUCCAAUAACAAGUGUUGCUUCAGAGUCGGCUUUUAGUGCCGGAGGACGAGUGAUAGAUCAGUAUCGAGCUUCAUUAGGAACCGAUGCAGUUCAAGUUCUACUGUGUGGUGAAGAUUGGUUACGCGCCUAUUAUGGGAUCAAGAGAAAAACAAAGGACAAAGAAGAUAUCAAAGAAUAUACGAUCCCAAUUAAAAGUAUGUAGUGGCGAGCCCGUUCCGUAGCUCUGAAUCAAUGUCAACAUCACAUGAACAAGCUCAGGAGCUUAUGACAGAGAGAAAAGGAUCUGCUUCCCUCAGAGAAUUAGUUGUUUUUUAUUGAUAUUUUUGGAUAAUUGGUUGUUUAAUUUUACUUUAGAACAUAUGUUGCUUAUACUUUUUGUAUUUUAUGUUUGGAUAAUAGUUUGUUGGAUUUAUUGGUUGUAUUUUAAAAUUUA